CUUAAUCCGCCAGUGUUGCCAGAUUGCGGGAAACCGACCAACUGGGAUACUUUUCCGGCAAUAUACGUUUUGGGCGGUUUGGAGACUGGUUGGGCUGGAAAAUGCCCAUCCGAUCUGGCAACACUGAGUACUCGUCGGUCAAUGUUUCUUGACACAAUGAAACGCGCUAACAAAUGUCUGCGCCACGUUGACCUUGUUGUGUAAGCACAAGUUGGUGCAUUGAAGGGAAGUUAUCAUUCUCCAUCCGGUGAUAUAUCCGAGGAUGAGUGUGGGAUUCAUAGGUGCGGGUCAGCUGACCCAUGCACUGGUGAGAGGUCUCUCUGCUGCAGGUGUACUUGCUACGCACAAAAUCACUGCCAGCUCCCCAGACACAGAUCUUCCCACCGUACACGGUCUCAGGAAACUGGGUGUGAACUUCACCACCAGCAACAAGGAGACAGUUAGUAAGAGUGAUGUUCUCUUCCUGGCUGUGAAGCCUCACAUCAUCCCGUUCGUCCUGGACGAGAUCGGACCAGAAAUCGAAGAACGGCACCUCAUUGUGUCCUGUGCGGCCGGUGUCACCAUAAGUUCCAUAGAAAAGAAGCUGAGCCAGUACCGCAGUGAGCCCAAGGUGAUGCGCUGCAUGACCAACACGCCGGUGGUGGUGCGGGAGGGCGCCACGGUGUACGCCACGGGCACCCACGCCCAGGUGGAGGACGGCCGGCUGCUGGAGCAGCUGAUGGCGAGCGUUGGCUUCUGCACGGAGGUGGAGGAGGACCUCAUCGACGCCGUCACGGGACUCAGCGGCAGCGGCCCCGCCUACGCGUUCUUGGCAGUAGACGCGCUCUCGGACGGUGGGGUGAAGAUGGGGCUGCCCAGGCGUCUCGCCGUGCGCCUCGCCUCCCAGGCCCUGCUUGGAGCCGCUAAGAUGUUGCUGGACUCGGAGCAGCAUCCUGGCCAACUGAAGGACAACGUGUGCUCGCCAGGGGGCGCCACAAUCCACGCACUGCACGUCAUGGAGAGCGGGGGCUUCAGAAGUCUCCUCAUCAACGCCGUUGAGGCGUCAUGUAUUAGGACAAGAGAGCUGCAGUUCUUGGCGGACCAGGAGCAGAUUUCCCCGGCGGCUAUAAAGAAGACCACCCUGGACAAGGUUCUGCAGCAGCCCGGUGUGACCAUGUCUGGGGGGGUCGGCCGCGCGGGCCGCAUCAGUAUCUUCACCCAGAGCAACCCAAGGUCAAAGAAGUGAACUGGGCCCCACCCCUUGCAUAGGACUCAUCGUGCAGGUCAAAGCAAUGUUACAUGUUGUCUGUAAAAACUUUGAACCACUUGCGUCAGGGAGGUAAAACAAAGCCUUAAUUUGAAAAAGAUUAAAAAAAAAUGUUUUAAGUGAGGCUGGGAUGAUAUCCAACAGACAUUGUUGCCUGCAUUGUACUUCAAACUUGAAUAAAAUCUUGGAUUUAUAUAUAU